AUGGCCGUGGGCACGGCCAGGCCAGGCCCGGCGGCAGCAGCGACCCGAUCCCAGGCGGGGCCGGCGGUGCCCGAGCCGCGUCCGGGAUCUCUCUCAGCUGCAGGAUCUGGGGACAGGAUCCCCCGGGGACCCGAAGGGCUCUGCCGGGCGCUCGCCCUGCUCUUGGGAUGGAGCCGAGCAUCCGCUGUGAAGGAGCCCCCGAGCACGGCACGAUUUUUCACAGCAGACAUUGCAGAGCAUGUGAUGCCAUCUGUCAGUGCUGAGCAGCAGGGGAUGCUUCAGCAUCCCUUUCCCACCACCAUGGUCACACAGGGGGACACUGAGGGGCUGUGCAGGAUCUGCAUCUCCUAUGAUGAGCUGAAAGAGCUGAAGACUGAAUUUGCCAUCAGUCUCUACCAGCAUGUGUCUGAAGCAGAGAACAGGACCAAUCUGGUAGUCUCUCCAGCAAGUGUGGCUGUUUCUUUGGAGCUGCUGCAGUUUGGAGCUCAAGGAAAUACUUUAACAGAGCUGCAAGAUGCCCUAGGAUACAGCAUUCAUGACCAAAGCGUGCAGGAUUUCAUGCACACGGAGGAUGAAGCAGUGACUGACUCCAGCCAAGGCACGGUGGUCCAGCUGGGAUGUUCCCUCUUUGUGGACGUGGGCGUGCAGCUCGCGCCCGACUUCGCCGAGCGCGCCUCGCGCUGGGCCAACAGCAGCCUGCUGCAAACCAACCUCAGUGACCCCAACACCACCCACGCACAGGAAUGGAGCACCACCCACCUUGCAGAUGGGGAUGUGCAUGGGAUGACAUUGGAAAGCGCUGGGUCCUCGCUCAGCCAGGUCACCCUGGUGAGCACCCUGUACUUCAGAAGCAUGUGGCAAAAAAAGUUUUCCUUUAUGGAUUCCCAGAUGUUGCCUUUUACCACUCCAGAGGGCUUGACCCUGAAAGUGCCUACCAUGCACCACACAGCUGAAGUUAACUAUGGCCAGUUCCAGACUGCAGCUCUGGAGGCUUUCAGCGUGGUUGAGUUACCCUACCUGGGGGAGAAACUCAGCAUGUUCCUAGUGCUUCCCAGCCACAAAAGAACACCUUUGUCCCAGAUUGAGUCUCACCUUUCUGCCAAAACCAUAACCCUCUGGGCCAACAGCUUGAAGAGAACAAAGAUGGACAUUUUUCUGCCUAGGUUCAGUAUUCAAAGCCUUUUUGACCUAAAGACAGUUCUUUCUGCCUUGGGAAUUAGAGAUGCAUUUGAUCCCAUCACUGCUAAUUUUAAAGGCAUUUCAGAGCAAGACAGUCUUUAUAUUUCAGAAGCUAUUCACAAAGCAGAGAUUGAAGUAACUGAAGAUGGUACAAAGGCAUCAGGAGCUACAGCAAUGGUCUUACUAAAAAGAUCUCGAACACCUAUUUUCAAAGCAGAUCGACCUUUCACAUUUUUCCUGAGACAAGCUAAUACAGGUUCCAUACUUUUUAUAGGAAGACUAACAAAUCCUUCAUAAUAAGCAUUAAAUGCAUACCCUGACUUCUGUUCCUCCUAUGAUGCUUUCCUCCAAUGAAAUUAAAGGCUACACUACAUACAUUUAUUAAAAUAGUUUUAAGCCUACCACUUUUCCAAGAAUAAACAAGAGCAAAAGCUCUCCACUACAUUACAUUGUAGACAUUGCUGAAAUGUAGAGCUGUCUAGGAAUCAUCAGCACCACAACUAGAGCAAAAACAGUAUCCAA